UUUUGGCUGCUUCCCGGGAAGCCGUUGGUCGCGCUUGCGUAGUGAACCGCUGAGGCUGUGGUGAGCGCUCCUUCUCCGCGCAACUCGCGGCUUCGGCACCGCCUUCUUUCCUAUGAAUCCUUAAUUUAACGUGGUCAUAGUCAGCUUAAGACCGGCACCUCUCGGGCUCCGUCUUGUAGGACCUCGGCCUGGCCUCGAGGGCUUCCAUACAGUAACCAGACCACAACACUGAACUUGGAGCACCAAGAACAGGUCAGGCCCGUCGGCAGGAGCCCCACCCUGUUUGGCCAGGAUGCCUUUGGGACGCUUGGCAGGGAGUGCCCGCUCCGAGGAGGGAAGCGAGGCCUUUCUGGAGGGAAUGGAAUCACCCGCUGAUUGAAAACUACUGGGCCUUUGGAGAUGGGGAGCAUAUGGGCAAGACUGGAGAGGUGGGUAAAGUCAGGUCACUUGGGGUCUCGGAUCCCAGGCUGAGGUGCUGAGACUUUGUCCUGCAGGUACUGGGGCAUCAUGGGAGGCCUAUGAGGGGUAGGGUCUGCUGUGGGUGGGGUAGGGUUGGCUGUGGGUGUAGAGAGACCCUCUGGGACUGUGUGGGAAGGCUGGAAGUUGAGAGAAAGGUUGGGGUGAUGGUCCAGGUAGGAAAGGAUGAGGCUGAGCCCAGGGGAUGGGUUGAGAGAGGGAGGAGGCAAGAGGAUGGGGCUGAGGGCUGCUGAUGGUGCGGCAGAAAAGGAGGGAGGGAGCAAGAGCCUUCCCAAUUCCAGGUGGUGUGCCCAGGUCCCAGAAGACCCAGAGGCCUUCCAGAAGUGCCCUCUGGUGGGAUGGGAGUGGGUUUUAGGGGAAAAAACCCUGAGUUCAGUUUUGGGUAUGAAGGGAUGAGGAAGCUCGAGGGAUCCCGGAACUGAGGUGCAUUCCUAGAGGGGUGUUGGAGGCUGGAUCUGCAGUUCAGUUGCAGUUUGUGAGACCCCAAAGGGAGCAGAAUUCCUAGGUCCUGGGUUAGGAGGAGCUGGUGGCCAGGAUCCCUGCUGAGUCCCUUGGCUGGCCCUGUUCUCAGUGGAUUGGGAGCUGAGUAGGCUGCAGCGACAAUGCAAAGUGAUGGAAGGGGAGAGGCGGGCCUACAGCAAGGAAGUCCACCAGCGCAUCAACAAGCAACUUGAGGAGAUCCGGCGCUUGGAGGAGGUACGGGGUGAUCUCCAGGUGCAGAUCAGUGCAGCCCAGAACCAGGUCAAGCGGCUUCGGGACAGUGAGCGGCUGGAGAACAUGGACCGCCUGCUGCAGGGCCGGGCCCAGGUGCAGGCGGAGAUCGAGGAGCUGCAGGAGCAGACCAGGGCCCUGGACAAGCAGAUCCAGGAGUGGGAGACGAGGAUCUUUACCCACAGUAAGAAUGUCAGGUCCCCGGGAUUCAUCCUGGAUCAGAAGGUCAAGAUCGGGCGAAGGAUCAGGAUCCUAGAAAACCAGUUGGACAGGGUCACCUGUCACUUUGACAACCAGCUGGUGCGGAAUGCGGCCCUGCGGGAGGAGCUGGAUCUGCUGCGGAUUGACAGGAACCGCUAUCUGAACGUGGACCGCAAGCUGAAGAAGGAGAUCCACCACCUGCAGCACCUGGUCAGCACCCUUAUCCUCUCCUCCACCUCUGCCUACGCCGUCAGGGAGGAGGCGAAGGCCAAGAUGGGCUUGCUGCGGGAGCGCGCGGAGAAGGAGGAGGCCCAGAGCGAGAUGGAGGCGCAGGUCCUGCAGCGGCAGAUCUCGCACCUGGAGCAGCUGCACCACUUCCUCAAGCUCAAGAACAACGACCGGCAGCCGGAUCCCGAUGUCCUGGAGAAGCGUGAAAAGCAGGCCGGGGAGGUGGCCGAGGGCGUCUGGAAGACCUCCCAGGAGAGGCUGGUGCUUUGCUACGAGGACGCCCUGAAUAAACUGUCCCAGCUGAUGGGGGAGAGUGACCCUGACCUGUUGGUGCAGAAGUAUCUGGAGAUCGAGGAGCGCAACUUUGCUGAGUUCAACUUCAUCAACGAGCAGAACUUGGAGCUGGAGCAUGUGCAGGAAGAGAUCAAGGAGAUGCAGGAGGCUUUGGUGAGCGCACGUGCCAGCAAGGAUGACCAGCAUUUGCUGCAGGAGCAGCAGCAGAAGGUGUUGCAGCAGCGCGUGGACAAGGUGCACUCGGAGGCUGAGCGCCUUGAGGCCCGCUUCCAGGAUGUGCGGGGACAGCUGGAGAAGCUCAAGGCUGAUAUCCAGCUCCUCUUCACCAAGGCCCAUUGCGACAGCAGCAUGAUCGAUGACCUCCUUGGGGUCAAGACCAGCAUGGGAGACCGGGACAUGGGCCUCUUCAUGAGCCUCAUUGAGAAGCGGCUGGUGGAGCUCCUGACAGUGCAGGCCUUCCUACAUGCCCAGAGCUUCACCUCCCUGGCCGACGCUGCCCUCCUAGUGCUGGGCCAGAGCCUGGAGGACCUUCCGAAGAAGAUGGCCCCACUUCAGCCCCCUGACACUCUAGAAGACCCCCCGGGUUUUGAGGCCAGCGAUGACUACCCCAUGAGCAGGGAGGAGCUGCUGAGCCAAGUGGAGAAGCUGGUGGAGCUCCAGGAGCAGGCGGAGGCGCAGCGCCAGAAGGACCUGGCCGCCGCCGCCGCGAAGCUGGACGGCACCCUGAGCGUGGACCUGGCCAGCACCCAGAGGGCCGGCUCCAGUACCGUCCUGGUGCCCACCAGGCACCCCCAUGCCAUCCCCGGGUCCAUUUUGAGCCACAAGACUAGCAGAGACCGUGGCUCUCUUGGCCGCGUCACUUUUGGCGGCCUCAGCUCCAGCACUGGGCAUUUGCCCAGCCACAUCACGCACGGUGACCCCAACACUGGCCACGUGACCUUCGGCUCCACCAGUGCCUCGAGUGGGGGCCACGUGACCUUCAGACCCGUCAGCGCCAGCAGCUACCUGGGCUCCACUGGAUACGUGGGGUCCAGCAGGGGCGGAGAAAACACAGAGGGUGGUGUGGAGAGCGGAGGCACAGCGUCGGAUUCGAGCGGAGGCCUCGGGUCCAGCAGAGACCACGUCUCCAGCACCGGCCCUGCCUCCAGCACUGGCCCGGGCUCCUCCACCAGCAAAGACUCCCGGGGCUAACACGAGGGGCACGCAGCCCCCACCCUGCCCUGGCUCUCUGUGGGGUCUUUUUUUGUGUCUCUACUUCCCCUGUUUGCCUUGUGGGUCUCUGUCUUUUUCUCCCAGUGGCAGGCCUCUGUCUUUUUGCCCCUUCAACUGUUUUCAUCUGCCCUUCAUCACCGCCUCACCUAUGUCUCCCGGUUCCUUUCUCUCUGCUCCUGACCCUGCUUUUCCCUCUGACUCCUGAUCUCCUGUUCUCUGGGCUUCCUGGUCAGUGUCUGUCCGUCUUGUCUCCAUAUCUGCCCCUUCACUGUCUGCUGAGCCCUGGCCCCCUGUGGAUCCCCCACCUCCUGUUUCCGGCUCACUCUCCUCAUCUCCAUCUCCCAGGCUCUCCACGCAUCUUGUGUCCCUGUCUCUGUAGCUCCUUACUCCCCAAGAGCCCCCCAGUGCUGACAGGUGUGGGAAAAGUCAGGGCGAAGACGCCAGGUUCAGCAUGGGAAAAUGGGACUGUGGAAAUAAAGUAUAUGUGUGGAGA